AUGAUCGACAGCAAAUCUACUAGCUCGAUCGGGGAUUCGCCAGACCUGCUAGUGGAUGGUCUACCCUCCUACGACUCGGCCACCUCCUUUCCCCUCUCCACAACCCCUCAGCCGGGCGGGAGUACAAGCGGUGCUGCAUCCUCUUCGACAGAUGCGGCUGUGUCGGCUCAACAGGCCUACCUCUUUGCUGGUCCCUCCAAUGCAGAGCCUCUCAAAGUCCCCUCGACAAGAGGGGAUCAGCUGGUAUGUAAUCGCCAGACGGAAGUGACGAGGUACACGAGCGAUCUCUCGACUACACGGGUGACAAGGGUGGAAACGUAUGACCCAGCUGGAUCGGACCCUGCGGUGCUGUACGACUUUCUGGCGAAUAUCUCUGGCCAGAUCCCGAAGGUUCGACUGCAGAUCACAGGCUACCAUACAGAGACUCCCGCGCAGGACCAGGCUGUCACGAUCAACGGCGUGACUGUGAUGCAGAAGAAGGGCGAGACGGUCAAGAUCUCCGACUUCAAUUUCUUCAUCGACCUCACGGAUAUUAUCUCGCCUGCCGGGGUCCACCUUUCGGUCCUACCUGGCUACACGCCAGAAUACCGGGGCAAGAUGUGCGCCGCCUACGGUGCGAAAUUCUCUCCCUCCCAAGGUGGCCAGGACGGCUAUGCGCCGCUUUCAACGGACGACGCGCCGGCUCAUGUAUCGGUCGGUUCUGGACGACCAAUCUCAUGGGGCGCUCAUGACGUGUUUGCCAAAUGGGAUGGCAAGCGCUGGAUGCAGGGUCUGCCAAUCUGGGCCAAACCUCAGGAUAUCCGGUUGGAAGGGGUCAAUCAACCUGGCGAUCCCGGCCACCGUGAUGGCGAUAUCGAGCAGGCACGCGGGAAGCAGGGCGAGCCGGCCCUGACCGCAUGGUGCCAGGCGUACUGUGCCGACAGGGGGUGGUUGAAGGAGUUUAUACUCCGGAAGGAGGUCUGGGGCUGGGAUUACGGGGCGCUGAGCAAGGCGAUCAAGGGAGCGGUGGUAUCCACGGGUUACACGACCGAGGUGGAGGUAAAGCUGAAUUGGGACGAGCAGGAGGCGAUGGUUAUGCCCUCCAAUCCCUGGACCAGAAUCAACAAUGAGACUUUCUACCACGUCAUUCUGUGCAUCACCCUCAUCUACCCCUUGGUCUACUUCUUCCGGUACCUCUGUCUUCUCCCCUGGGUCGGAGGUAGGUACAACAUAGCCCGCGCGACGUACAACCUCAAGCCCUACCCUCCUCUCCCAUCUACCUACCCCAGCGAAACGAUCCACGAGGCCCAGUCCCGUCUUCCCGGUCUAAUGAAGACGAACCCCCAGCUCCCGGCUGAGCCGGUCCUUCGCCUCGGUCCAAAAGGCGUACAUUACCUGGCGGGGAAGAGGGAGGGGGAGUGGUUUGCGCAGUGGGAGGAGCGGAUCAAGAUGGCUGCUCAAACGAGGUUCAGGGGGGAGUUGACGCUCGGCCCGACGAUAGAGCCGAGGGAGGUCAGUCUGGAUGGCUAUCAGCGGUGA